AUGAAGCUUGCUCAUGCAACCCUCCUCCUUGUUUCUCUUGUUCUUAGCUCCUCUUUGCACGCCAUGGCCGACGAUCUCAUUCCGCAACCCGCUCCAAGUUGGUGCGACACCAAGUGCGAUGCGAGGUGCAAGGACGCAAAGGAGAAGGACCGGUGCCUCAAGUACUGUGGAAUCUGCUGCAAUAAGUGCCAAUGCGUGCCGUCAGGGACGUAUGGGAACAAAUUGGAGUGCCCUUGUUACAAUGACAUGAAGGACUCCAAGGGAACUUCCAAAUGCCCUUGA